AGGCUCAAUUCAGCCAAUAAUAUCGGCUAAACGAUAUUAAUCAUUUUGUUUGGCAUGUAAAAUGGUAAGUUUUAAAAUAGACACUCAUACAUAAUUAAUUGUGAUUUUGCAGCCAUGCAAAUUGUAUUAGAUCUUUCAAAAGCCAUUUAAAAACACCAUAUGUCUAUGUGUGAACUUUUAGGCAAGCACUGGUUGUGCAUCUGGGGUUUUGGACCUAUGGAACAUCAUCCUAAACUCAUAUUGUUCUCAUACUCCUGAGGGAAAUGGGGAACGGAUUAUCAGAGCAACCCAACCUUCUCUCCAGUCUUCCGUUCUGUAAUUCUCUUCACAUCGCUAUUCUGGGUCUGGAUUUCGCAGGCAAAACGACGGUCCUGUACCGUCUGCAGUUCAAUGAGUUUGUCAACACUGUCCCCACCAAAGGUUUCAAUGCAGAGAAAGUCAAAGUAGCUGUCGGGCACUCACAAACAGUGACGUUUCACUUUUGGGACGUUGGCGGCCAGGAGAAACUGCGCCCUCUUUGGAAGUCCUACACACGGGGCACUGAUGGCAUCGUGUUUGUUGUGGACUCUCUGGACACGGAGAGAAUGGAAGAGGCAAAGACAGAGCUUUACAAAAUUGCCCGCUCCUCUGAAAAUCAAGGAGUGCCUGUGUUGAUUAUUGCUAACAAGCAGGACUUGAGACAGGCUCUGUCACUGUCACAAAUAGAGACCAUGCUGGCUCUCAAUGAACUGGGACCCUCUACACCGUGGCACCUGCAGCCCUCCUGUGCUAUCAUUGGAGACGGUCUCAAAGAGGGACUUGAAAGACUUCAUGACAUGAUCCUAAAACGAAGAAAGAUGCUCAAACAGCAAAAAAAAAAAAAGAUAGACCGUAAAGGUAUUAUAUAAAAGGAGGGGAAAAAAGAACAAUGCAAGUUGAUAGUUGCAAACUUUAAUUUUUAUGUGCCCAGAGUUGGUUAGAACCAACAAGCACUUUAGUUGUUUACUUUCUCAUUGUUUACUUCUCUGUUUUUUUACUAUCUGUCAUAGACUUAGAAAUAUAUAAACAUAAUAUAAAGAUUUUUCAUCACACUGAAAGGUGAUUCUUCUUGGAGGUUUUAUUUAGAUUGUUUAUUUGCAAUAAAAUGGCUUGUUUAUUCUAAAUUGUCACUUCAAGUAAUACAGUACUUUAACACAUACGUCUGCCAAAUAUUAUGUCUGGCCAUAUUUUAUGGCCAGGUAUUUUUCCUUGCACUAUCAUGUUAAAGGAAUAGUUCACCCAACAAUUAAAAAUAUGUGAA